AUGAACGCAGAUCUUGACGGUCUAUACGAAGGAGUUCACAGGCAGGCAAACAAAUAUGGAAGGCCAUUCAACUCGAAGUCUUAUGGCCCAUACUUUCUCCUUGGUGGCUCACGGUACACAGCAGAGGAGGACUUUGCACAGGCUGGCUUGAUACGAAGAUUCAGAAUCAAGAUUGACCUCUGGUCUAAAGGGAUGGUUGAUGAAGUUAUUCGGCAGAGAAACAGGGACUUGAUCGAGACUGCCUACCUUCGGCUCCCGCCACGACGUGUUUGGAUGCUCAUCAAGCUGAUCAGACUGAUGUUCCUUGCCGGUCCGGAUAAGCCGGUAGACCUAAAGCUAGCAAAAAGCGAAUUCGAGGGUCCAGAGGAUACGAUUUCACGGGUCCACCAUCUUGUCACACCCGAAGUCCUAAACGACCUUCUCUGGAGGACUCACAUCAACGACAUGUAUUCGAGACGGAAUCAUGGCGUUGACAUUUGGGCCAGGCAGAACGGCGGCUGGGAUCUUGCAGCGUGGGAGAUGCCGUUUUUGCAUCACAUACGGGGUGCGUAGAGCGUGCCAGGUAUACCUGCAAUCGAGAAGUUCGGACUGGAAGUUCCCGGAUCUCCAACCCCCGCUUGCACCAUUGACACUUUUAGGGACAUGAGACCGACGGAUAUACGCAAGACAAUUGUCGAGCUCAAUGUGAGGAAGCUAGCAGAGUUGGAAUUUGACUCUCUUUUCGAUAACCAGGUGGAAGGUCACGAUCUGUUGAUGGAGUUCAAAAGGCUGUUCUUCCAGCUGUCAUACCCAACCCCACC